UCCCAACGGCGAGAGAGAAAAUCAAAUCGAAGGAAGGAGGAAAAGGAAAAGAUGUUGGGGUUUAAGCGAAUAACAACCCGAUCUUCCAUUUUCACUUCUCAAAUCUCGAGGCUCAAACACAAAAAUGAGGAUUUUUUGUACGAAAUUCCUCUUUCCCAGCAUUUCUUAGCUCAAAGAACCUCCAAUCGCUUACUUGACAUUUACCAGCUUGGAAGCAAGAAUGCAGUAGAGAAAGAACGUGCUCGGCUUGCAGAUGAGAUGAACCGGGGAUACUUUGCUGAUAUUUCUGAGCUCAAAAAACAUGGUGGAAAGAUUGCUCAAGCAAACAAGAUAAUAAUUCCUACAGUAGUAGCCGUGAAGUUUCCUACCGUAGAAGUGAACUUCUCUGAUGGUAAAGCAUUGAAAUUGCCUAUUGACUCCUCAGGAAAUGAAAAUACAGCUGAUGCUGAUAAGCCACCCGUCCCUAAGGUGUCUUUACUGUGCCUUUCAUUUCGAGCAAACUCACAGUCAAUGAUCGAUUCUUGGAGUGUGCCUUUCUUUGAUGCAUUCCAGAGUUCCAAAGAUGCCCAUCUAUACGAGAUAUCAUUCAUAGAUUCAUGGCUCCUCUGUCGGAGUCCAAUUAAAAGGCUGCUCCUUCGGAUAAUGAAGAAAUCUAAGGAUGAUGGAAAGGUUGAUACACUUAAGAAGCAGAUUGUGUAUUCAUUCGGUGAUCACUAUUACUUCAGAAAAGAACUUAAAAUAUUGAACCUUCUUACCGGAUAUAUAUUCCUGCUUGACAAAUUUGGUAGAAUAAGAUGGCAAGGUUCCGGAUCAGCGACACAAGAGGAAUUAGCAUCCCUUCUUUCUUGCACAUCUCUUCUUUUGGAAGAAAAGUGAGUGGUGUGGCCAUUUGGGAAGAGCAUGGAUUGGAAACUGGUAUACCAAUGGUGUUUGCAGAUACAAUAAGGAUGUUGACCCAAUUAGACUGGGAGUUUUUACCUCAAACAACAGGUUUUUCUAAUGGGAAAGGAGGCAAAAGUGAUUUUUUUUUUUUUGAAUUCAAAGCAACAGGUGUAGAAAGAUUUUACUUCAUUUUGUGGGUAAUUUAGGUGUAGAAUCUAUUAAAUGCAAUGGGUUUUUAUUAUUCCAGCCGUUGAGAGCCCCCUCCCUCUGUUUUUUUUUUUUUUCCUUUUACAAGGGUUAUGUUUAAUGUAAUUUUCCUCUUUAUUUUAGUUGAAUUUUCUUGGACCGUCUA